AUUACAUGCCUUCUUAUACAACAUGAAAUCGACAGGAAGAAAUGAAUUUUCAUGGCAAUACAUCUCAUUUAUACUUAUUAUAGCAGAAUAGUUUUGGAAUCGUCAUGAGGGUCUUUAACUUGCAAAAACCGGACCUGCUGGAGUCUUUUCUUUUGGUUUUCUUGAAACAUUUCGGACCAUUGUCAAUAUCCGUUACAGAGUCAGCUGGAAUCGCCGCAUAGACUCAAGGAACAUUGAUAUAAAAGAGUGAGCAGAACAGUAGACUAACUGCCUAUAGAUUACUUGUUCUAUUAUUUCACAGAUGCUUUAUCCCCCAUUUCCUCUGGACAAGGACACUCGCGAGGCUGUCGAAAAAGAAACCGGACUGACCGGCGAUGAGGCAUCCCAACCUGCUGUAAUUCGUGACUACACCAACAAAAUAUUAGCUGUGCAUCCCACUUCCAAAGUGCUGAAAAAUGAUCACGAAAUUAACGUUGGUGGCAACAAUGGCAAAGUCCAAAUAUCGGUGAUUCGUCCCGUUGGUGUGGAAGAUGUUAUCUUGCCUGGUAUUCUCUUCAUACACGGCGGCGCAUGGAUGUACGGAAAUUAUGGAACGCACUGUGGCGUAGUGCAUGAGCUUGUUAAUCGAACCCCGGCGGUCGUCGUGUUUGUGCAUUAUUCCUUGAGCCCUGAGCACAAAUACCCUUUGGCACUUGAACAAUGCUACGCGGCUUUGUCGUGGAUGGUUGACAAUCAUGAGUCCUUGUAUAUCAAUCCCCAAAACAUUGCGGUGAUCGGCGAUUCGGCAGGCGGCAACUUAUCCAGUGCCCUUACAUUGCUUGCUCAAGAACGAAUGAACGAAUACGUAAUUUGUUGCCUGGUGCUUUACUAUCCUGUUCUCAAUGACAGUUUUGACGACAAAUCGUAUCAGGAAAAUGAGUUUGACUCAAUACUAUCGAAAGAGAAAAUGAUCUAUAUCUGGAAUGCUUAUUGUGCAUCAUCGGAUCGUGACAAACCCACCGCUGUCCCUUUCAAAGCGACCCAGGAUCAACUCAAGCGUUUCCCGCCUACGUUGGUAAUUACUGCUGAGCACGAUGUCCUGAGAGACGAAGGAGAACAGCUUGCCAACAAGCUACAGCAAGUCGGUGUGGUCGCUAAUUCUAUACGAUACUACGGUGUCCAGCAUCGUUUCCUGACACCUGCCAACCCUCAAUCCAAAUUCGAUGCAGCCAUGGAAGAAACAGUAGUCAUGCUGAAAAGAACGUUUGAGCUCGCUUAAAUGGCAUUUUUGGAAACCGAAAAAAAAGGGGGGGAGCAAAACAAAGUCCCUUCACCUAAUGUUUGAAUUGAAC